GCACAGUCCUGAGGGGGUGACUGGGACAUUCUGGGACCAGAUCAACCAGCCAAGCCCUGCACUGAGUCUGCAGAAACACAAGCUGUGGGACGGGAAGUGGCUUGUGACAAUCAGGACUUGCCAGGACACAGCAAGAAGCCGCGCAGCUGCAAGAGAAUAUACUCAGGGUUUCCCUGCCAACCCUUCCUCCUGAGUAAGCCCUGCUUGAGCCAGAGACAGAGGGAGCUAAGACGGACUGCAAUGCUGGCAGUGACCUACAUCCUAGCCUUUGGUGCUUGGCUGGUGGUGCAGAGUGUGAUUGCCACACCAGGUGACACCAAUGUAACCAUCUACCUGCAGCCACCUGGGGUGAUACCACUGGGAGGCUCUGCCACCAUCUGCUGUGAGUGCCAGUGCAAUGGUGGGAGCUUUGUGCUGUACAAGAAUGGGCACCAGUUCCGCACUCUGAAGCCACGUGGCACCAGGGCUAAGUUCUCCAUCUCCAAUGCCACCCAAAGUUUCUCAGGUCCCUACAGCUGCCAUUACCUGCAUGGAGAUGACGGGGUUGUGCUGGCUCGCAGUGACACCUUGGAGGUCAUGGUGGAAGAGCUGCAGGGCUCCCAGCCUGUCCUUUCCAUUCUGCCUGGGCAUGAGGUAGCUGCAGGGUCUGAAGUGCAAUUCAGUUGCAUGUUCUCAUCUGCCAAUGUCAACUGUUUACUGUACCUGGAGGGCCAGGCUGGGACACUCCAUAACUUCCACUUCUCCCACGUGGACAAAGGCAAUGAGGGCCGCUACAGCUGUCAAUGCUACACCAAAGCGACCCCGCCAAAGUGGUCUAGCACCAGUGAGUACUUGGAGCUGGUUGUGAGAGAGUCACAGCUUCCCAGCCCCUUCAUCUCUGUGACACCUCGCGAUGGAGCCAUCCUAGGGACACCAGCCACAAUCUACUGCAAAUGUGCCUGCCAGGGGACAGCCAUGCUGCUUUACAAGGCUGGGAAUAUCACUGUCCAGCAAACAGCCCAGCUAGCCAAGGAUGUGGCAACAUUCACCAUCGCCCGUGUAGACAAGAAAGAUGGGGGCAUCUAUACCUGCCGCUAUGGGAAUAAGUCCAACCCCAGCAGCCUGUCACAGCCCAGCCUCUCCGUAGAGCUGCUAGUGAGAGAUCCUGGCCUGGCCAGGCCCAGCUUGUUCCUAGAGCCACUGAGCCAUGUCCAACCAGGGACCAAUGUCACCCUGUCGUGCACUGGUGUCGGCCAGAGCACCCAGGUUUACUUCUGGAGGGAUGGUGAGAUGGUAAAGAAGGCAGAGCCAGAGGCUGACGUGGCCAUCUUUAUGCUGACCCAUGUGAUGGGACACCAUGAGGGCACCUACACCUGCACCUACCGCCCCCAGAAGCAGCCGUACAUCUCGUCAGAGCCCAGCAGCAUCGUCUGGCUAGGGGUGGCAGAUUACACCUGGGGCAACACUGUGCGCCUGGCCCUGGGUGCUGGGAUCCUGGUCCUGCUGGGGCUGGUUGUGGCUGAAGCCGUGCACAGCAACAGGCCCACAUCUGGACACCUGCGUCCGCUCUAGAAUGGAACAGAGCUAACCUCCAAAUCACCAGGAGAGAAGGUGAUGCUGCCAUGGCCACCCAGGCUAGAGGUGGCCCCCACGUUCCCUGCAUGUGGAGCUCCAAGUAACUACCAUCAACUGAACUGUGACCGGUAAACGGAUGCUGGUACCCCUUUCCAUCUCCUGACAGUGCAAUAAACCAGUC